GUCGCUCACAACGCUUUAAGCGUCAUUUCAUUCUUGUUUAUUAAAUAUUAAACAAGGAUAAUUGAUGCUUAUAAGCGCUGUAACCGCCAAAAUGAACACAGUCUUAAACUCCGUUUAUAAUCGACGAAAUUCAUGGAAAUCGCGGAAUGAGAAGAAUACAAAGAGUGCAAGUAGGGAAGUAGCAAAGUAGGGAAAAUUGAGAGAUGAGGUUGGAAAAUGUGCAAAGCUUCAGCAAAGCUAUGAGCAAAGCUCUGUGACAACAUCAGAUAUACGUAUAUUUUAAGUCAACAUUAGUAUAUUUGUUUCAUCAAUGAAGGUAGAUCGCAGUGGACAGACAAAGAAAAAAACAGUUAAAUUAAAAUCGCAAAAAAUUAAAAAAAAAUUAAAAAAAGUUCGCGCGAAGAAAAUACGUGUCGCUCGUAAGAACAGCCACAAAGACACUGUAAAUUUAGAUAAUGCCUGUGCCAGUGACAUGCAGAAUAUUUCUGUAUCAGAUGAGCCAGUAGAUGUUGCCAUACAGAGAAGAGUUGCACAGGCCAGUCAUAAACACAAAAAGAAGUAUUCUGACAAUAAAGGAAGUAGUAACGAAACAUCUGAGACUCAGUAUUUCACGAUUGAUUCCAAAGAACAGGGUGAUCUAGAGCAGCAAACAAUUGGAGAAAUAGAUACUAGUUGGAAAAAUAGAUGCAAGCUAGAUAUUUCUGAGAGUGAGACUGAAAAGGAUACGGAUGACGAUUGGACUCAUAUUGCUCCCAAAGAGAAAAGAAAUUUAGGUGCAUCCUUUGUGGACAAUACACUGGUGGAUGGUACCACUUCAAUAAACCUACCACAGAUAUUUGAACCUAAACAAAUGACAAAAUUAAAUAAGAAAAUAAUUUGUGAUGAUACUCUCGAUAAGAUAAAUUCAUUGAUCAAUAUGCAUGAAGUCACUAUGACAGAUGCCAAAUCUGUAAAUUCUAAGCAUAACGAUUGUAUAGAAAUUACACAUUCAGAACUGGCAUCAUCUGUGCCAUCGGGUGUAACUAAAAAUGAUGAAAGCGAAGAUGUUAUUGAUAACAGAUUAAAAGCUGUUGGUAUCAAUAAUACAAGCAGUCCUAUUCGAAAUCGUGUGCGCAAAAAACGUGUCAAAAACAACAGUCCUCAGUUUAUAGAUCAUAAUAGUGCCACAGAAGUAAGGCGUUCAAGGCACACAAAUGUUAACUUGAAUGAGAAAGUACCAAAAAUUUACUGCAUAAGAAACAUAGUCAUCGUCAUAAUGGAAAGUGGGAGUACUCUCUGUUUCACUGGCAAGCUGUUAGUCAAAGUGUUAUACGGUGCUGUGAAAAUUUACAGCUCCGUACUAAACAAGUCAACUGAUAACACAGAAGUAUACUCUCCACGUGGAUACAGCAAUGUCGUUAUAGAAACUAGCGAGGAAUUCCUGGAAGACAGUGUCGAAGACGUAUGGACAGCGCUUGCUGUAAGAGGUAUCACUCGAGACUCUGAGAGCAAAUUGCAGAUCGACGUUGACAACAUCCAACCAGGAAUGGCUGUCUUCGUGCUGCAAAAUUUCGAAAACAAUUUGACGCAGAAGAAUCCCCACUAUUUUUCAUGGACAGACCCCAAACGAGCUGAAAUAAUACUACAAGCAAAACUGCGUCUCGAGCAAUACAAUUUUAACUAUAGACGGUUGAUCAUCGAUUCCUGUAUCACCACGGACAUUCCGGAGAGGAUGCUGAAUCGCUGGCGCGCAAAUGAAUGGUCCUGCACGCUGAUCGCUGGUGGUAAAAACGUCGGCAAAUCCACCAGUAUGCGAUGUUUGAUCAACAGUCUGUUGGGCACGUCGAAGAAGGUAGUUUUGAUAGAUGUAGAUCCCGGACAGGCGGAGUGUACACCGCCCGGAUGCAUCUCGUACAGCUUGAUUGAGGAGCCUUUGAUGGGACCAAAUUUCACGCAUCUAAAAACACCGGUUUACCAGCUGUUCAUUGAUGACGUGAGCGUUAACCGAUGCCUUACGCGUUACCUGGAGGGUAUUAAGAUGUUGAUCGAGAAAUUGAAGGAGUGUCCCAUCCUGUCUCGUUUACCUAUUGUAGUGAACACAAUGGGUUUUACCAAAAGUCUCGGUUGGAACAUUAUAAUCUUCACGAUAAAACUAAUCAGGCCCUCGAUCAUCCUACAGAUUAUGUCGUCAAAAAAUAAGAAUAAUUAUAACGACGUUCUUAGUGCGGCAGUUGUAAAUAAUCAGGAAUGGUCGUGGACAUUCUGUGACGAGACAUUUAUCGAUUGGAAUAGACCGUGUGAACACGAUUUGUGCCUAAUCUACUCCCAGGCGGAGGUUGUUGCAACGCGAAAUGAGUUAAACAUGGAACCAUAUCAAGGACGUGAACUCGCGAUGUUAUCUUAUCUCAGCAGUAUUGUGCACGAUGAAAAUGAUUCCCCCCAGUACAACACAGAACUUUCAUUCAAUUCAAAUAUUAACGAAGCGGUGCCGUAUACGGCACCCUUUUCUUCCUUGUGCAUUGUACCUCAACGAUUAUUCGGAGUACCCGCAUCACGCGCUUUAAAUGUCAUAAAUGGUAACAUUGUAGCGCUAUGCGGUAUAGAUUUAACGAAAGAAUCUCCAAAAAAAUCGACAGAUAUCUCCAAUCUUCAAGUACUAACGCAAAGAUCUCCUUUAUGUACAUGCUACGGGUUCGGCAUAAUUCGAGGUGUCGAUAUGGAACGACAGGAAGUGUUCAUAAUUACUCCGUUACCGAUAUCAAUGAUGCAGCACGUUAACUGCUUAGCGGGCUGUAUUCCUGUUCCUCCAGUAUUGUUGCAAUUGCAUCAAGGCGCUCCUUAUGUUGGUGGAAACGCAGAAUUACCAACGAGUCGUGAACCUCGCAGAGGAUACUUCAAGAUGAAAUAUCAAAAUAAAAAUAAGUCGAGUAAAUCAUAAUGAAUCAUAUUACAUGUGCA